AUGUCCGACGUCCCUGAGACCAAGCCUGACCCCACCACCAGCGCUCCUGAGGCGGCUGAGAAGCCUGAGGAGACCACCACCUCUACCGAAGCUCCCAAGACUGAAGCGGGCAAGUCUGCGACUGAGGCCGUAGUUGACACAGCUAAGGAGGCGGCCACCAAGACAACCGACAGCGUUUUCUCUAUGUUCGGCGGUGGUCCCAAGAAGGAGAAGAAGGAAGAACCUGAGGACAGCAAGGAUGAGCCAUCUGGCUCUUCCAAGGCCCAGAAAACUGAAGAAGACGAUGAGGCACCUGAGUCCCCCGACGUUCACUUCGAGCCUGUUAUCCGCCUGACCGAGAAGGUGGAAACCAAGACCAACGAAGAACUUGAGGAGCAAACCUUCAAGAUGCGCGCUAAGCUGUUCCGGUUCGAUAGCGAGAGCAAGGAAUGGAAGGAGCGUGGCACUGGCGAUGUUAGACUGCUCAAGCACAAGGAGAACCAGAAGACUCGCCUGGUAAUGCGCAGAGACAAGACCCUGAAGGUCUGCGCCAACCACUACAUUGUCCCUGCAAUGAAGUUGAGCCCCAACGUUGGCAGUGACCGCAGCUGGGUUUGGAACGCUACUGCCGAUGUCAGUGAGGGUGAGCCCGAGGCGCAGACCCUGGCUAUUCGUUUCGCCAACAGUGAGAAUGCCAACCUGUUCAAGGAGGCUUUCGAGAAGGCUCAGCAGGAGAACGAGAAGCUCCUCGCCGACCAGUAA